AUGGGGGAGGCCACGCGCACGUUCGCGGCCCUCCGGCAGGAGCUGGUCGCCGCCUUGAUCCGGAAUCCUUCCGAACAGAGUGCCGAAUUUUUGCAGCGCCUGGUGGAAGCGCCCUUGCCCCCCGCCCAGAAGUAUCUGGAGAUUGAUGCCAGGGGCAUUUUGCGAGCCAACGUCAAGGAGCAGGCGAGGAGUGGGGGAGCCACCCUGAAUGCCAAGGAGCAGGAAACCACUCUCAGUGCCAAGGGGCAGGUGGAUCUCCGCUUGGUCUCCACCGCCUUCCAGAUCCUGGAGAAAUACGGGCGCAACCUCCUGCAUCCUCGCAAACCUUAUUUCUGGCGCAUGGUCAAAUUUAAUAAUCCCGUCUUCCGGGAUACGGUGGACACUAUCCAGGGUGGACGAGACGUUCUCCGGCUAUACGGCUACUUGGAACAAAAGGCCGAUGGGCUCUACUUCCCGGAUCAUCAAGUUGAGCCAGACAUUCCUCACGUGGCCUCCGUCACAGUGGACGUCAUGCUACUCCGUGCGGAGCUGAACCUUCUCCUCUCGGAAACGCAUCCAAAUCCUCGGAUGUUGCAAGAAUUAAUGCAAGGGGGCCAGGCCUUACAGGUCCACAAGGCCGCCGAUGCCGGACCUCUGAAUCCGCUUUUGGCCAUCUCUCACGCAGGGAACCUGCCUCCAGACACCUGCCUGCUUUGCGGUUUAGAAGCUCCGUCGCAGCACUGCGAGGCUUGCAAUCAGAGUUUGUGUCCUAACUGCGACUGGCUGUUUCACAAGCAUCCUUCCCGGACGCAUCACCAUCGGGUGCCCAUGAAGAACCCUGGCAGAGCAUGGCAGAGUCCCCCACCACCCCCCAACCCCAGCCUCUCCAGCAUCCCCUCGGAGACGGCUUCUCUGCGGCCCCCCAGCCUCCCCCCACUCUCCGCCUCCCGCAGCCUGCCCAGUCCGCGCCCGCCCUGGCGCUGCGCAGCUUGUCAGAAGAACAACGAUGCCUCCUCCGUCCUUUGCGUCAACUGCGACCGGCCUCGGGGGUGCAAGACCCCCCAGACCCUCGGCCUGGAGGACGAGCUGACUCACCAAGGCCAGUUGGCUAGAGGGCGCUGGUCUUGCCAGACCUGCACCUUUGAGAACGAGUCGGCCACCGUCCUGUGCGCCGUUUGCGAGAGGCCGCGCCUGGCCGGCAGACCGGGCACCGGCGACGCCAAGCCCCUGAUAGCCUGGGGGGAGGAGAGCGGACCCCAGCAGGAAGAUGCCCCCAGCUGGCAGUGCGAACACUGCACUUUCCGCAACAGCGUCCACCGACGGAUCUGCGAGAUGUGCAAUUGCACCAGCCUGCACGGUGAUCCCCAGCCCCCAUCCCGGGCCGAGAAGGACGAGGUGGGCCGGCUGAAGAGACAGGUGGCGGAGCAUCAGAGACAGGUGAAGCUGCGGGACGACGGGCAGAAGAUGGUGGCCAUGAUCAGGGAGGCGGAGGGCGUGGGCGUGGCCCCCGAAAUGGUGGCGGCCGCCUUGUGCUACUCGGGAGCCGAGCUGCCCCUGGCCUGGCUGAAAUCGGAGCUGUCCUGCGUCCUGGAAGGCGUGGCGGAGCUGGCCACUCAGCGGGGCGCGGAGGAGCCCGACGGUGGACUGGGGGCCAUCACGCUCCAAGAAGUCCAAGCCGCCUGGGUGGCCAGCCGGGGGGACGUGGACGACGCCGUCAGCCGAUGCCUCAGUGUCCGUCGGAGCAAGGUGCGGGAGCUGAAGUCUCUGGGCUUCGAAGAGCGGGGCUCCGUCUUGCAAGCCCUGUACGAGAACAACGGGGACUUAUGGCGCACGCUGGUACAGCUGCAGCGGGCCCGCUUAGCGCCGUUCCACCAGCGGCUGUGGGAGAGCGAAGACCCUCCCGUGGACUUCCAGAGUGCUGACCGACAGGCGCUGCUGCGGCGUCUCCUGGCCUCGCUGUCUCUGCCCAGCUGGGGCCGGGCCGAGUUGAUGGUCUCGCUGAUGCUCGAACAGCCAAACGAAGGCUGGGAGUUGGCCGACAUCGUGGAAGCCGUCAAGGCCUCCCCAAACCGCGACUUCAUCAAACACUGGCUGAGCUGGGAGUGUGCUGUCUGCAGCCUGGCCUUGCCCAGGAACAAGAUGCAGUCACUAACGUCGUGCGAGUGCACAAUUUGUCCAGAGUGUUUUGAGCUUCAUUUCACCAUCGCCGUGAAGGAGAAACACAUUACCGAUUUGGUGUGUCCGGCUUGCUCCGAACCGGAGAUCAGCGACGAGACGGAACUUCUUAAUUAUUUUUCCACCCUUGAUAUUCAGUUGCGCAGCUGUUUGGAUCAAGAGACGUACGACCUCUUCCAUAAGAAGCUGACCGAACACGUACUUAUGCAGGACCCCAAGUUUCAGUGGUGCACGCAUUGCUCUUUCGGUUUCAUCUACGAAUCGGAGCAACUGGAAGCCAAAUGCCCCCAGUGCCGGAAGAGUUUUUGCGUCCAGUGCAAACGUCAGUGGGAACCCCAGCAUCAGGGUCUGAGCUGCGAAGCGUUCCUGGAAUGGAAGCGAACCAACGACCCCGAAUACCAGGCGCAGGGCUUGGCGAUGUACCUCCUGGAGAACGGCAUCGCGUGUCCCAAAUGCAAGUUCUCGUACGCACUGGCCCGAGGGGGCUGCAUGCAUUUCCAGUGUUCCCAAUGCAGACAUCAUUUCUGCAGUGGCUGCUACGGGACCUUCUAUGCCUCCAACAAGUGCCCGAUUCCUCACUGCCCGAUCCGGCGUUCCCUCCACGGCCACCAUCCACGCGACUGCCUCUUCUACCUGCGGGAUUGGGCCGUGCCGCGCCUGCAGCAGCUCCUCCAGGAGAACAACGUUGCCUUCAACACGGACCCCCCAGCGGGCACCCGGGCUACCCCUGGAGGGGGAUGCCGGGUUAUGGAGCAGAAAGAAAUGCUGGAUGGCUUGAAGGACGAACCGUGCGGCAAAGAGACCCCGGCUGAAUAUGCUGGCCUUUGCGAGGCGCACUACAAGGAAUACCUAGUCAGUCUGAUC